AUGUCAUCGAAAGUCCUCGUAUACGAGCAUCCAGUUUCCCCCUAUGCACAAUCAGUGAAGAUUGCUCUCCGUGAGAAAGGUGUCGCAUUUAGCACCUCUCUUCCCAACGACUCAAAGACAGGUCUCCCGGCAAGCGCCUUUAAAGGCGCAAACCCAAGACUAGAAGUGCCUACUUUUAUUGAUGGCGAAAUCGCUUUGUUUGAGACGCCUGUAAUAUUGGAGUACAUUGAGGAUAAAUGGCCAUCGCCCACUUUUUUUCCAAAUGACCCUGCUCAAAAGGCUCAGGCGAGGCUGACUGGGCAUGUCGUUCUCUCGCAAUAUGAGGCAAUAAUGUGGGCUUUGGGUGAAAUCCACAUGUUCAAGCGAGCAGAAGGAGAGCGAGCCCAGACUAUCAUCAAGAAUGCUCAAAGUGUCGCGAAAAUCCUGCAAGACUGGCUCACUACACGUCUUGGAUCAUCGCCAUACUUCUCUGGUUCUCAAUUCGGGUAUGCAGAUAUAUGCGUCGCACCUCUUCUUGCUUCAAGUAUCAGUAGCGGUUUGGGACCAAGCAAGGCGUCUAGUCUUUAUCAAUGGCUUGAACGUGUGAGGUCAAGACCAUCUGUACGCCAAACAUUUGACGAAGCCAAAGCCGGGAUGAAGCUGAUGCCGUCUGGGAAUGCAUUCAAAAGACCAUCAAACUUCAAGCGAGAAUAUCGUGACCACAGGCUAGAUUUCAUGAUCCGAGCUGGAGGGAUUGAUGUCGUCGUGGAAGGUUUGAAGAAAGAUAACAUUAGGUUCUCCUGGCCUGAUGUGCCCAGACCAAAGCUAUGA